UUUUUCAAGGAACUGACAGGGGUUUGUCAACAGGGGGAGAGACAAAACGAGGCGAGAAGACUGCUUUGUACGUGGAGCUGGUAGACGUUAUUAAACGGUUUAGUAUCCAAAUCUUUGCGUUCGUUUGUGGCUCUGUUCAGUGAAUCCAGACCGUAAUGGAGAGCCCUCAGCAUGAAGGUGCCUGAGCUCCACAGACAUGAGAAACUUGACUCUACUGUAUUCAGAUGCGAGUCCCAGGCUGGAUUGAAUGGCCCCGAGUAUCCAAGACUGACUCAGUGGGCGUACUGAAAUGACCAGCCAGUAUCCUAGCCAUGGAGCGAAAUCCACAGAUAAAAAGCCAUCUGUCGUGGCCCCUAAACUCCAUGUCCAACGAUCGCCAUCAAAGGAGGCCAUUACCAUCCACUUCUCAGCUCUCGGGAAGGAGGAAGAAGAAGAGGAGGAAGAUGAUUUGUUCAUCUCAGCCUGUCCUACAGCUUCAGCUCCUCUGGACGACUCUAAUAUAGUGACGGCCCUGGAAGCAAGUGAGGAAAUGUUUGAUGGGGCAUCUCUGGAUUCGGCAGCCAGUGGUGCUGUCAUUCCUGAAUACUCCAAGUUAUCUCCCAGCUCAAGUAAUCACACUAACCGUUCUCCUACACAAACUCUGUCUUCACAUGUCCCUGAGCAAAGGGCCUCAUCUGCCAAUUCUUCUCCCAUAAAAUCUCUGAGCUUUCCCUCCACCUUGGGCUGGGCAAAGUCACCUUCCUCAGACAUUGAGUCCGCUGAGGGGCCCUCCUCUGCUCUAACAUCCUCAGUUAGACACAGACACCUCAUGAAAAAUCUUGUCAAAUCUUUAUCAUCGGAUACAUCCCAAGACUCGCCCUCUUCUUCCACCUCGUACCGUCUUCCAGAUUCUCGUCUUAAUCUGAAUCUCUUAAAGCAAUUUGCACAGUCAAGGAUGCCGUCUGCUGCCGUGGCAUCAGUUAACGACUCUAAAACCGCCCCCUCCUCGCUGUUGACGUCGCCAGACAACCGAAGCUUCUUUAAAGUCUCGGAAGUCGAAGCUCGAUUCGAAGACACAAAGCGGCGUCUCACGGAAGCCAUUUCCGAACCGCUUCAUCUGCUCAGCAAGAUCAUGGAUGAAAAGAGUGGUGGUGGCCUUUACCGGCCUAAGGGGCUCUCUGCCAGUGCCACAGAACUCUCCACCAUCAGUUCUGUCUGUAGGAACCAGGAGAGCAACAGCAGCAACAACAACCACUCCAUCAAAGAAGAAGAUGGAGUUGAUGUUCCGGCAGAAAGCCCCAACAGCUGGACCUCUGUUGGAGCCGAAUCACCUGGUGAGCCAUCUGAUGACACUAAAAACCCCAACAAACUAUCUUUACUUUCUUUGUCUGCGCUGGCAAAACAGGAGGAGGAAGACUUCUGCAUUUUGAACAAUGAAGACUUUGAGACUUGCACUGACACAGAGGGUGAGGGUAAAAAAGGAGCUACUACUACUCAAGCUGACAGUCAACUCCCACAAAGUGCCAGUUUAGACCCAAGCAUUGACGAUAAACGUGAAAAGUGUGAGCAAGCACCUUAUGUGCCAUACCAUAUUCUCGCCCUCCUUAUUCUUCUGGUCUAUGGUUCCUUUGUAUUGCCAAUUCCAGGCUAUAUUAGAGGAAUGCUAAUUGGGAUGGUGGUAGGGUUCUUUUUGGCCCUCGGUGUCGUUUGGCUCACAGGGCCAAAAUCACAUGGACAUGAAAAGAGACAUUCAAGAGAGCUGUCGAAAAUCACCAGGUUGGAUGUUAAAGAGCCAGAAACAUACAAGGGCUGGAUGAAUGAAAUAUCGAACUACGACCCAGAGACAUACCAUGCCACACUUACUCAGUCUGUGUUCGUUCGCCUCGAGGGCUCUGUCAUUCGUCUUUCCAAACCCAACCACAACAUUUCCCGCCGUGCUGGACACAGCGAACCAAAGCCUGAUGUGAGCUUUGUCAGUCAGAAGAUAUAUGACCUUCGCAACAGCAAGGUCUAUUUACUGCCUUUAAAUCUAGCCAAAAAGAGAGUGUGGAACAAAAAAUAUCCCAUCUGCAUUGAACUUGGGAGACAAGAUGACUUCAUGUCAAAGAUAGAUGAGGCAAAUGAGGACAGGUUGGAGGAUGACGAGACUUCGAAUGCUGGAAUGAAUCAAGAAGGAACUAGUGAAGCACAGGACCAACAGUUCUCCCUGUCCCAAAGAGACCUGACCAUCUUCCUCUUUGGGCGGACGGGGAGAGAGAAAGAGGAUUGGUUUCAGCGGUUCCUCUCGGCCUCUAACUUCAGAGUGAAGAAAGUACCUUCUGGUGGGAUCAGUACAAAAGCCACAGCCUCGGCCUGUCAAAGCCCCAGAAGUAGGCGCUCCUCUCUUGAAGAAGUCAUUGCACCACUUUUCAAGUCAAGAGGCUCCAUAAGCUCCCUGACAUUACCAGGGAGACCCAGGAGCAAGCCGUUUUUAGAAUACAGUGUAUACAUGGCCUCAUUGCUGCAAAACCACCAGGCAGACGAUCUCACAUCUGCCGGCUCUGCUCAGAGCCCGCAGAGCAGCCCUGGAGCUGAUAAAAAGGUUCAGAGCAAUACAUCAGCUCAGGAGCAGCCCAAGGGACAGGAAGAGGACUCUGUUGCCUGGGUGAACGCAGCCCUUGGCAGACUCUUCUGGGACUUCCUGACCGAGCCCUACUGGUGUGAACAAGUUUCCAAGAAGAUUCAGAUGAAGCUCAGCAAGAUACGACUGCCUUACUUCAUGAAUGAGCUAACCCUGACAGAACUGGACAUGGGGACAAGCACUCCCAGAAUUCUUGGAGCAUCUGCACCUUCCGUUGACUGCCGAGGUCUCUGGUUUGAUUUGGAGAUCUCCUACACCGGCUCCUUCCUGAUGACUCUGGAAACCAAGAUGAUUCUCAAUCGACUGGGAAAAGAGGAAGAGAGUCUCCACUCGGGGGAAUUAGGCAAAGAUGGACACAGGCCUCGGACCUACUGCCUAUCUGCUAGUGAUGAAGAGUCAUCAAGUGCAGGGUCAUCAGAUGAAGAAGACUACACAGACAUCGCAAAUGAUCCAGCUGGAUCAGAAAGUCCAGUGGGUGGACGUAGACCGAACAAGAUUAUCCGCUUUGUGGAUAAGAUUGCCAAAUCCAAAUACUUUCAGAAGGCCACGGAGACAGAGUUCAUAAAAAAAAAGUUGGAGGAAGUGUCCAACACACCACUCCUCCUCACUGUGGAGGUUCAGCAACUCAGAGGAACUCUAGCUGUCAACAUUCCUCCUCCUCCCACUGACAGGAUUUGGUACGGCUUUAGGAUACCACCUCACUUGGAACUGAAGGCUCGACCAAAACUUGGGGAAAGAGAAGUGACUCUGUAUCAUGUUACAGACUGGAUCGAGAAAAAACUGUACCAGGAAUUCCAGAAAAUCCUUGUAAUGCCAAACAUGGAUGACGUGUGGCUGACUUUGAUGCACUCUGCCAUGGACCAUCGAACAGCUGGCGGACCCUUGGUCAGCUUCCCGGGAAUCGAGAAGAUGUCCUGACAGCAGCCAUCAACCUUGGAGAUCGUUUACAGUAUUGCCUAAAGCUUCUGGAGUUUCAUAAUAAAAGUUUAAGCCAAAGUCUUCAGGCGCUGUUGUGAGAGAAAUACAUUCCCCCACAAUCGGUUACUGUCUGGCCUCCCAGAAAAGAAAUGCUACAGUUUUCUAGGAACCAGGUUAAGUUGACCAAGUAGAAACUAAUGGCAACAUGUUUGCUUGCUGCUAUGUUAACUAGUACUCCCUAAUGUAAGGAACUCAUUGAUGAGUGACAGUUAUUUGAAAGUGAAUCAUGGGUUGGCUCUUAGCUGAUUCCAGUGCUCAAGGUAAUAAGUAGGAAAAUACUCUGAUUAUUGUAAAUAUGUCCUCUAAUCAGAAAGAUGAAGAUGCAUUCACCAGAUACCUUAGUUAGUUAGCUGACCGAACAUGAAGAGGAGCACCGCAUGUUCUGUUUAUUUUGAAACCUUUUUAUUUUUUGAUCAGUUAUUAAUAUACAGUAUUUUUAUUUUCUUGUGACCAGACCUGAGCACCCCGUACAACUGCCAAAACUUUCUUUUAAUUUUAUUUUAAUACCACUGAUGCUCUUAUCAAACUCUAUGUUAAUACUGAACAGCUGAAGUAGUAAGGAUAUGAUCUGCCUUGGAAAUUCUAUAUGUGUUUAUUGCACAAGCACAACAAAGCCAACAGGUGCUUCAUAGACUAAGAGACUAUAUUAAAAAAAGUAUACCUGAAGACUACAAUGCCUCUAGAACUUGGUUGAAUGUAUAUUAGGAGGCUUUUGGGUCCAUUUUUUUGGUAGCUGAAAACAAUUUUUACCCAGAUCAACUUAGGCUGGGUUAUGCAAACAAUUGCACAAACUUGUUUCCCUGCCCUCAUGACAAGCACUAUCUUUGCACAUUUUUUUCCCAGAUGGUCAGCAAAGCUAAACCUGAUGCAUUUUUAUCAUACAGCAGAUGUUGAUAUUGGGAGAGAAUGUUGUUGACCAACUUGGAAUGUGCUUUUUAAAACUACCUGCCAUACUGUAUGUAAACAGAUGGUACACUCAACACAGAAAGCAUACUUCUUGCCAAGAAUGUAGCUACAGGUUCCAUUUUCUGACGAAAUGUUUCUAAGCCAAAGUCCUGUAGGUUCAUAUUCUUUUGUGUGCUUAAAUCAAUAAAGCUUUGUAGGUUCAUACUGAAGAGAGUGCUACGAACUUGCAUCAACUUUGUUUACAGACGUUCUUACAGUUUGGUUUUAUUUUAGUUCAUUGAAUCACUGUGACAAUAGUUAUCUUGGUAAUUUUCUUUAACUUUUUGUUUCCAGUUUACAUGGUCUUUUGGAGAUGCUUAAAGUGGGUUCUGACUUCAGUUUUUUGACUUUUUGGUAUUAUGAGAAUGAAACAAGAUUUUUGAGGAAAUAUCAAUAAAGAUGUGUAAUUUGUAUUUGUGAAUUAAUUACGUCUGACAAUGUAAUUUAAGGCCAAUAUUCAAAUAUGAAGGCUGAAAAUGAUUCCACUUGUAUCAGCCUUAUUUAUAUAGCAAAAAUAAAUCUGUUAAUGAUA